UGCCGCCACCGUAGUGUCAUGGUUGACAGCCGAUCAAUGAAUUUGUACUACGGUAGUGAGUAAAUCGGUGUUGUGCGAUGGAAUUAAUUUAAAUGUUGGAUUUGUCGGUGCGGGGGCACAAUGGGGAAGGACCAAGAGUUGCUGGAGGCGGCCCGCAAGGGCAACGUGGCCGUCGUGGAAAAAAUCCUAGGGCAAAGGGCUAAAAGGAGUGGCCCUCUUGCAAGCUUGCGUCGGGGGCCAGGAGCCAACGUGCAAGACAGCAGCGGAUAUUCCGCCCUCCACCAUGCCGCCCUCAACGGACACAGAGAAAUCGUCAAACUCCUACUCGACCACGACGCCUCUACGAAUAUCGUAGAUGUGAAGGGCUCCUCGCCUCUGCAUCUCGCCGCCUGGUCCGGAAACGUCGACAUCGUGAAGCUCCUCCUGAGCGGGCCCUCGAUCUGUAACGUGAACUUGACGACUCAAGAUGACGAGACGGCACUUCAUUGUGCCGCUCAGUACGGCCAUACGGCCGUCGUUUCCCUCCUUUUGGAGCACGCUUGCGAUCCGGGAAUUCGCAACUGUCGCGGGGAGACAGCCCUGGAUUUGGCGGCUCAGUACGGGAGAUUGGAAACGGUGGAAUUGCUGGUCAGGACCGACCCCAGCCUGAUCCAGUGCCUGAAGAGGGCCGCUCCGGACACCGUCUACCCGCACACGCCGCUGCACCUCGCCAGCAGGAACGGCCACAAGGCCGUAGUCGAGGUAUUAUUGCGGGCGGGAUUCAGCGUUAACAUGCGGACGAAGUCGGGGACGGCCCUGCACGAAGCCGCACUCUGCGGUAAAGUCGAAGUCGUCAGGACUUUGCUGGAACACGGGGUCAAUACGGCGAUCAGAGAUUCGCAUAAUUACACGGUUAUGGAUUUGUUGAGUCAGUUUAAUACGGCGCAAGCCUCGCAGGAGAUUAUGGGGAUUUUGAAACGGCAUAAGAAGGGUUUGACGAUAGUGGACAGCGACGGGGAGAGCAUAAGUCACCCGUUUCCGCCGCUUCCGAGCACUGACUCGGAUAUCGGGAGUCCGUACGAAAACGUGCGACCGUCCUCGAAGAAUGCACGGUCGUCUACGACGGACCCGUCGCCCGGGACUUCCCCGCAAAGGUGGGACUUGCGGCAUGCCAGGCCGCCUGAGGGAUUCGAAGAUCGGCGAGUUUCGGGGGUUUCCGGCAUUUCGAUGCGUAACACCAAGCCGUACCAAAGCUUACCCUUAAAAAAACGUGAUUCGUCCGAUUUGUCUCCCUUGGACGGCAUAACUUUUAAGUUUAAGGAACAGUUCUCGCUCCGAAAAUCCAGCACGACUUCCACUGACACGUACCACACAGCAUGCGAGUGUAGAAAUUCUGAUUCUUCCAGGGAGAGCGAUAACAGUCUGUAUCAGAUUCCCUGCGUUCCUAAACAGUUUAUGGACACGAGUGUCCAUUCGGAAGACUUGAAUUAUCUGUGCACGAGUCGGGAAUCUGAUCAGAUUAGUUUGUCGUCGACGGCGUCCAGUUCGGGGUAUCCCCGGCGUCCGGAUUCCGGCGGAGUGCCGCUCUACAUCCCCAUGAAUAACGUGCGCGGGGGGCACAGUCCGAGUUCGAAUAAAGUUUCGCCUACGCCUCCGAAGAAGCCGCCACGUCGGAACCUUUCGGUGUCUCCAACCCACCUCCAGCCCAUGUCGAUGUCAGUCGACGGUGUCACCAACAGUGCUUAUGAGUACUUAUUUUUGGCACAUAGCGGUACCAGAAGCCAGGGAAAUUUGAACGACGUGGAGCACGACGCGAGACGGGAGAGGCUAAGCCACGGGCGCAGCAUGGACCAGUACGUCGAAAUGAACGUCUUCAACAUAGCACUUGACGAAGAUGAGGAGCGUCCCAAGGAGCUACAUAGAGGCAAGAGUGAAGAUUUGGACUGUCGGAAGAAGUACGAACCGGUCGCGAUUACGUCAAUGUACGAAAAUAUGAUCAUCAAGCAGCAGAAUCCCCGGCGGAAGUUGCGAAGAAACCCGGAAGUUUACGAAGAGUACGAUUUUACGAAGAAGGAAGAACCGGUAGCGAGUAGUUCAGCACCUGAAACUACUUUUGUCAGCAGUGCGUUUAUUAUGAUCGGGGAUGAGGAGAGUAAGAAUUGUAAUUAUCCAAUGAGUCCGACUCAUUACAAGCAACCUCCCACUCCCGAUCAUCCGCCGCCUUCGGCCCUUCAAGCCGAAAGCCUGAUUUAUGAGAAAAUAAGGCCGCUGAGUCAGGAAUACAAACGCCAGUCCAAAGACAUGGAGACCGAAACCGAGGAAGAAUUCCUCCUAAUCUGCGACGAAUCAAGCGGCAGUCUUUCAAGCAGCGUCUCGCUGUCUGAUCGCAGUGUCGACAACAUAAUCGAAGAGUACCACUCAGACGCACCUUUCGCAGGUCUCAUAAAAGGUUCGACGCGAGUCUUGGAAAACAUCAGUUCGAACACUCCGGCCGAAAGACCGAAAACACUCAAAAAAUUAAAACGCGUUUAUGACGGUUCGAGUACCGACGCUGCGAAAAGCGACAACGAAAAAUCCUCGAGCUCGGAAAAAGAAUACGAGAAUAAGGAAAAUAAAGACCGCGUUUCGGCCUUGAGCCCGUUUGACGAGCAGGAGGAAUGGGCGAAAAUUCAGGAAAUUAUGGCGAGUUUUGGGACCGGUAUUGUCCGGGAGAGUGUUUUUGUGGCGGAGUUGGAGAAGGAGUUUCAGAGUCGGUUGAUGACUCUGAGUUGCUCGCAGAAUAGUCUGAACGCUGAUUCGAUUGAGAAAUGGUUGCAGACUUUAGGAAUGCAAGACUAUGUCGGUCUUUUCAUGUCAAACGGUUUCGACGAUGUCAAUUUUUUGAACGGAGUGAUUGAAGAUUGUGAUUUGAGCGAAAUGGGGAUAACGAGUGAACUCGAACGCCAAAUAAUUUUAGACGCUGUUAAGCAGCUUCCUUUAAAAAUUCACAAUCAAAGUUUCAAUAACAAUAACAACAACGAACAAAAUUCGGUCAAAAGUUGGUUGAGUCGUAUCCACUUGGACCAGUAUUUUGACACUUUCAAUAAGCACCUCUACCACGACAUGGAGCGAAUUAAGCGAAUCUGGGACGUUGAGCUUUCGGCCGUUUUAGACAUUGAUAAGAUAGGGCACAGGAAACGUAUUUUAGCUAGUGUUAGUAGCGGGGAACAUAUCAUUUCAGGGCCAAAACUCGAAGAGAUUAAUGCCGAUUUAAACCUACUUAAAAAUCAGGAAUUAAAAUCACCUUCGGCUCACUCAACUGGCACUAUCAGACACAGACAUAAAAAAUCGCGCCCGGCGCCUCCACCACCAAUCAAAAUUGACAAAGAAAGUGAGAAGAAAAAACCAGCUGAGAUGUUUGUUGGAGGCAACAACUCGAUCAAAUCGCAAUGGAGACACCAACCCAUACUUUUGAUAACCGGAGUUGUGAUGUAUUCAGCUAACUAUUUGGGUUCGACCAACAUUAUCGAAUUCAAAGGAACAGAAUCGACGAAAAAAUCGAUUCAGAAAGUGGUCAAAAACAAAGAACGACCAAGCGAGGAAAUAACUUUGUCGAUUUCGUACCGAGGAGUCAAAUUCAUCAACCCCAUAACGAAGAACACCAUUUGCGAACACGAGAUACGAAACAUCAACUGCGCAUGUCAGGAUUCCGAUAACCAAUCAUAUUUCGCGUACAUUACGAAAGACGGCGACUCUUUCUAUUGUCACGUGUUCGAAUCGACCUCAUCGGAGCAGGCGAUUGAGAUAAUUCUGACUCUGGGUCAAGCGUUCGAAUUGGCGUAUCAGAUGGCCGUGAGGGAUCAAGUCACCAGCAAAGGCAAGACAAAAUCGGCGGUGAGCCCCGGGGCUGUGUCUUCGCACAGUCGCGACUUCAAGGACUUGAAGACCAACGGCCACCCUCUGAAAAUGAAGCCUUUGACUUUAUCGAUCGCUGCCGACCCGGACAAGACCGAGGAAUAGGGAGUCACUGCCGCGCUUUUUAGUUUGUGAUAACUUUGGAUGUUGGAUGUUGCAUUUUGCCAAAUUUUCCUGUCGCUGGAUACUUCUGAGUUGCUCAAAUAUACAAGUUUUUCGAGAUUGGGAGCAAUAUUGACAUUUGAUUUCAUACAAUCACUUUUGUAAUCGUUCAAUACACCAUAUUAUAUCACACGACUUUUCUAUAUUUUUUCGUAUGUAUGAACAAUCUUCCAGUUUUGUAACUAUAUAAAUAAAGAUAUUUAGAGUCUCUCUGAAGUGUGUACAUACAUAGGGACUAGAAGCUUUAAUCUGUAUUUAGCAGGGUUUUCAAGUUGUUUUUUCGUCUCUAAAAUUAUAAAGUCGUUACGAAAUUGCAUUCCAAAUGCUUAGUUAUUUGGCUCGAUUACGUUUAGGUGUCUAAAAAUCGUAUCUAUUGCAUGUGGGAGCCAAAAAAUACAUAUUUUAAUGUACAUAAUAUAUUACAAAAUGAUUCAAUUGCGCUUUUAAUGAAAAAAUCAGUUGAAAACUUAUUGCAGUUACGUUACUCAGUUUUUAUUACU